CUUGAAGGAUGGAUACAAAUAAUAUUUCUCUCUAAAUCAAUCAUAUCAAUCAUUUUUAGGCAUAAGAAAUUAUAUAUUUGAAUGUCAAUAAACCCUCACUACAAGAAAAAUUGGUUUCAGCAACUAUAUUCUUAGCAACCAUAAGAAAAUGGUUGCUGAUAACUGGACUUUUGGCCACCAUUUACAAAAUGGUUGGUGAUGCCCAACCUUUGAGCAACCAUCAUAAAAUAAUUGCAAUAGACUAGGACUUAUGCAACCAUUUGCACAAUGGUUGCUAAUACCUAGCUCUUCUGCCAGAAAAUCAAUACAUCACCAACCAUUAUCAAAAUGGUUGCUGAUACUUGAUGUUUGAGCAACCAUUACUUAAAUAGUUGUCUAUUGAGCAAAGUUUGAGCAACGAUUUGUAAAAUGGUUGUCGAAAAGUCAAUACUUUAUCAACCGUUAUAUAAAUAGUUGCUCAAGCUUGUUGUUUGAGCAACUAUUAUUUAAAUGGUUGCUGAUUGAGCAAAGUUUGAGCAACUAUUUGAAGAAUGGUUGUCAAAUGUCAAUGCUUCACCAACCAUUAUAAAAAUAGUUGUUAAUAAUUGAUUUUUGCGCAACGAUUACUGAAAUGGUUGCCGAUUAAGCAAAGUUUGACCAACGAUUUGAAAGAUGGUUGCCGAAAAGUAAAUACUUCAUCAACCAUUGUCAACAUAGUUGGUGAUAUUUAAUGAUACUUCAUCAAGAACAUUUUCUUUUCGUUGAAAAAAAAAGAGAAUAUUUUAGUAAAUAUAUUAGAAUAUUUUUAUCAAUUAUCAUUAUAAUAAGGCAUUAUGUAUUCAUUCUAUAAUAUUUUUAAGGACGGUUUUAAAACUAAAAAUCUCAUGUUCUUACACUUGUAGGUAAUUAAAAUGCUUCUACAUAAACUCACUAUUUUCACUAUAUGACAAUGACCGUUCAACAAAUUCGUAUUCGACUUUAAAUUUAAUUAGUGUGUUAAAAGACCUUUUGUAAAUGAAUGAAAAAUUCUUUUAUGCCCCUAUCACUAUUGGAUCAACGUUGAAGUCUAUUAGUAUCAAAUACUAAAUUGGUUCAUCAAUAAUUUAUUUUUCUUCAUCAAACUAAUCACUGCUUAACUGUUUUAGGUGACUAAAUCAUAUAAUACUGAACCCAUGCCGAAUCAUCCAAGUCCAACUCUAAUCCAUACAAACUUUAUCAAAACCAUUCAUCUCAAUGAAUCUCCACCGUUUAUUCAACCAAGUACACAAAACCUUAUCUCUUUGGCUUUCUAUGGAUGUCGAACCCCAUUCCCUCAUCCAACGCCUCCACUGAUAAGUCUCCUCCCCACCUUCCUCUUCUGCCUUCCGCCGCCGCCGCUUUCUCAAAUUGAUGGGUGGCAUGCGCCUCCUCCUCCCUCCUCGAUUCUCUCUGGUUCCCACCGCCUCGUCGUCGAGGGCACAAGUCUCAAACCCAUUCCCAAAUCUCAACCCCAUUCCCAAAUCUCAACCCCAAAUAUGAACAAACAAAAACCCGAAACCCAUUCCCAAAUCCCCAUCCAAAAUCAGGUUACCUGGCGUUCCCUUGCCGUCGCCUGGCUUCCCUUAGCCGGAGACAGAGAGAUGGCGGGAGGACAGGGAGAGAGAGAUGGCAAGAGCACAACGGCGUGAGGAAGAAUAGUUUCCGACCUCAAGCGACUACCGCCGCGCUCCCUUGUUUCUCGGUGAGACUUAACGGCGAUGACGGAGACCGCAUCCAGGCUCUGGUCUCCCAGCUUCCAGCCACCUUCAACAGGGGAGUCACUCGAUACUACGGAUCUGAACAGAGGAAAGAACUCAAGGGGACCGCCCUCUUCUUUCUCUAGGCAGCAGCAAAGACCUGGGUGUCGAGAUCUUGGCGGAGGAAGGUUGCAGGAGAAGGAGCUGCGUUUGAGGAUUGAAUUGGGGGGUUUUUGCUACUGGCGAAGAAGACGACUUCCAUAGGAGCUAGGAAAUAGGAAAUGCUCCAUGGACUACUAUGGAUGGAAGUUCAUAAAUCCUUGGCUUGCUUCUGCUCGAUUUCGGAAUCAAUUGAUGAUGCGGCACUUGCCUUCCAUGUUUAAUAUGCUUACAAGAGGUACUUUUUUCUUUCCCUUCUCUCGCCCUCCAUCUGCCCUCUUUUGUUUUCUUAUUAUUGAUCUUGGUAGAGCUUGUUUAAUAAGCAAUUGUUGAUAACUCAAUAUGACUUAUACUUCUCUUUUUGUUGAAAUUACAGGUAGAUGCAUCAUUUAUUCAAAUAAUGUGAAGAAUGCUUGAAGAUACUAAGUAUAGGCUUGCUAACCAUUGAGAUCAUCUAAAUAUUCAGGAUGAUAAUUGUAUUAUGGAUAUGUGUAGGAGUAGAACACAAUAUUAUGUUUUGCCACUUUUCGUAAUAAGAUAUCAUUUUUGGAUUAAGAUUUAGAUCAAUUGAAUAUUAUUUAUGUUUUCUAUUGUAUGCUUUGAUUUGUUAAGUUAAUUUAUAGUUAGUGUUUAACUACCAUAUAAAUUAAAGGUUGGUUUAUAACUGUUCACAGCUCUCAUUCAGCUACCAUAGGCUAAAUAGUCUCUUAAACACACCUUUUGGAAACCAUAUAAUAAGAGUUGCCUAACUACCCAACCUCCACAGAUUGUUUGGCGACCAUAAAAAAAGGUCGCCCAAACCUCUCAUUUGACAACCAUAAACGAGAUUGUCGCUUGAAACGUCACCCUGUAGCGACCAUAGUUAUAGUUGUUCAAACUCUAGAUUUACGCCAACCAUUUUAUAUCGUCGCUGAAAACAUGUAAAAGCCAACCAUAAAUAGAUCGUCGCCAAACUGGUGUUCUGCCAACUAUACCCUAUGGUUGCUUAUAGUAUACAUUCAGCGACCACAUAUUAAAAGGGUCGCCUUGGACCUAUGCCAACGCAGUAUUGCCGACCAUCUUGGCGACCGUCUUUUAUGGUCGCAGAACUGUUUCGGCAACCAUUUUUUUAGUUUCAGCGACCAGUAUUGAUGGUUGCGGAAAGCAUAAUUUCUUGUAGUGCCUAUUAUAGAUUUAUAGGCAUAACUAUUUGACUAUAAUACAUUUGAAAACAUAUCAUCAGUCAUUUUAUCAUAGUAAACCAAUCAAUUUUGUUAUAGUAUACAGAGGCUAGCACUCGUCAUAUGAACUAAAUGGUGGAAAGAAAAUCUCCAUACUAAUGGUUAGGAAAAAAAAACAUUUCAAAAUCCCACCUGUUUCCAUUUUGAAGACUCAUCCUUUUUCCACUUUGAUAGUUCAUAUACUAAACACGUAUAAAGUGUUUAACACAUA